UUCCUCUCUCUUCUCUCUUUCUUCUCUUUCUUUAAGAUUCAAUCUCUUCCACUCUUCCUUUCAAGUUCAUCUUACAAUGGUAGAUUCAUUGUUUCCUUCAAUAUUGUCAUCACCUCUAAAGCACCAUCUACCAAUAAAAUAUAUAGACCCAUCAAAGCCUAUUUCUUCUAUCAUUACUACAAGAAGAAGUUUGGUUUUCACUUUUGGAUUCUCAUUUCUAUUCCUUGUAUCUCUUACUUGUUUCUUUGCCUUUAACCCAUCAUCCUCUUCCCAUUUCUUUGAAUCAUCUCCUUAUUGGUUUAACAAUUUCAUAGGUUCCCCAGCCAAUUCCACUACUUCCUCUCACAAAUCUCAUUAUUUUCCUACUUUCUUCUCUCAGUUGCCUGCUGGUUCUCCCUCUAUUUCUCCCCAUCCAAACAUCCCACCUCAAGUUUCCAAUGAAUCUUCAUCCAUGCAUAAUGGAGUUGUUCCUUUGUCUCAAGAUUCUAACAAUACAACCUAUAACAAAACAAUUGGAGUGAUGGAUGCUGAACCCAUGUCCAAGGAUUCAAGAAAAGAUAACCAUGAUAAGAACCCUGAUUUAUUGAAGAAAGAAAAUGAAUCCAAGGAAAAUGCGAUCCAGAAGGAGAAUACUACAACUCAUUAUGAGGCAUCUUUACCAAAAAAGAAAGAAAAGAAAGGAAAGUACAAGAAAUGGGUAGAGAUGAUAAAGCAUUGCAAUAUAUUUGAUGGAAGAUGGGUUAGAGAUGAUUCCUACCCUCUCUUUAAACCAGGAUCUUGUCCUCAUAUUGCUGAGCCUUUCAAUUGUUUCAUGAAUGGUAGGAAAGAUAAUGGAUACCAAAAAUACAGAUGGCAACCUGAUCAUUGCAAUAUUCCAAGGCUGAAUGGGAGAAAUAUGUUGGAGAUAUUGAGAGGGAAACGUCUGGUUUUUAUAGGCGAUUCUCUCAAUCGAAACAUGUGGGAAUCUAUGGUUUGUAUUCUUCGAAAUGCAGUGAAAGAUAAGAGCAAAGUGUUUGAAGCUUCUGGUAGGGAAGAAUUUAAAACAGAAGGUUCCUACUCUUUUAUGUUUGAAGAUUAUAACUGCUCAGUGGAAUUCUUCAGAUCAAAUUUUCUUGUACGAGAAUGGGAAAUGCUGGGAACAAAUGGAUCAAAGAAAGAAACACUUCGGAUUGAUAUGGUGGAAAGUUCAGCUGAUAAGUAUAAAAAUGCAGAUGUUCUUGUCUUCAACACAGGCCAUUGGUGGACUCAUGAGAAAACUUCCAGUGGGAAAGGUUAUUACCAAGAAGGUGACCACAUCUAUGAUGAAUUGAAUGUUGAUGUAGCAUUUAGGAAAGCUAUGACAACAUGGGCAAAUUGGGUGGAAGCAAAUGUAGAUCCUGUCAAGACCCUUGUUGUUUUCAGGAGCUAUUCUGUUUCUCACUUCAGAGGUGGAGAAUGGAAUUCUGGAGGGCGUUGUGAUGGAGAGACCAAGCCAUUGAAGGAGGAAAAUGAGUUUGAAGAUGAUCCAUCCAUGGUGAAAAUUCUGGAGUCAGUACUUCAAAAGAUGAAGAAACCAGCAGCAUUUUAUUUAAAUGUUACAAGAAUGACAAAUUUCCGGAAGGAUGCUCAUCCUUCAGUUUACAGGGAGCAAAAUUUGUCAGAGGAAGAGAAGAGAUCACCUUUGAGAUAUCAGGAUUGCAGUCACUGGUGUCUCCCAGGAGUUCCUGAUACAUGGAAUGAGAUAAUAUAUUCUCAACUCCUUCUGAAGCAUAGGGAGAAGCAGCUACGGCCACCAUAGCACAACAUCAUAUAAUUCUAUAUUUAAUUGUAUCCAUUUAGUACUUUGGAAUUCAAUUAAUUUAGAGUCACCUUGUAGAUUUUUUAUUUAAUAUUAUUUAAUAUUGGUAUACUUGGAAUUCAAGUUUAAGUUUAACU